CUGGGUUUGGGAUUUUGGGGUUGCUGGGAAAGAAAUCAUUAUAUGUGGCGUUUCUCAUCUUUCGGUGUGUUGAGCUUAGGGGUUUGUUCUUGGUUCGUUCUGAAGAUGGUGUAUUGGUAUACUUCGUGGGGCAUGGGCAAGAAGGGACUGGUGUAUUCGAGGGCGUGUUCUGGUUUUGUGGACUUGGUGGGCUAUAUGGAAUUCUUGAUACUGUCUUACUCGCCUGCGGUCUUGAUCUUAUAUUUAUAUACAGGUGCAGGAUUUAGGACAAAUCAUCCAGUUAGUACACUUUUUCGGACCGUUGAAAACUAGAACCUCCCGUUGCGCAACGCCUUGUCCGCGAAAUCUCGAAGUAGAUACUCCCGA